AUGCGUGUUGCUGCCAUGACUUCCCUGAUGGCCUUUGCCGUUUCGGCUGCAGGAAUCGUGAUCACUUCGCCUAGAAUUGGCGAGAAGAUUGACUUCUCCAAGCCAGUUACCAUUAAGUGGCAGCGGGUUUCGACCGAUCCUACUACCGUUGACAUUGUUCUAGUCAAUGAGGAUGUUUAUCCACCUGUGACUGAGACUGUCGCCUCCGGAGUCGAUGCGGACAUGGGCUCCUAUACGAUUAAAGCCCAUAAAGAGGAUGUGUCUGUAUCAGACACCGGUGGUGGUUAUCAGGUCAACUUCCUCUCGCCUUCUGGUGGUAUUUUGGCUCAGUCACAGCAGUUCAAACAUGCUUUCUUCCACUAUGGCAUCGACGGCAGCCACUUCUGCCACUUCGACUUCUGCUUUUCAUACUACUUCUUCUCCAAUUACUACUCACUCUUCCACCAGUGCGUCUCCCCAUACCACCUCUCCUUCCUCUACUACUGCAUCUUCUACUUCCUCCCGCACUUCGUCUUCUAUGACGACGCCUACCAGAGCGUCUUCAUCCACCCAUUCACCUUCUAUCCCGACCUCCACCCCGACUUUUAG